CUUUUGUCGAUAUGGCAUCUUGACAUUGACUGCAUGCUGCCUGCGUUUGGCAGUCUUAGCGUUAAAAUUUUUAUACUCAAAUUCUAACUGAAAUCCCACAACAUGAGUAGAAAGUAUCGCCAAGAAGAAGAGAAAGCCAAACAGUUAUCCUCAGAACUCCAAGAAGAGGAAGAUAAACUGAAGUUACAAAAAGAACGCAUUUUUGGUCCAAUAGUUUGGAAAAGGCUAGCAUAUGGAAUCAGGAUCCAAGACUUACAUGCCAUGUACUUUGAACCAUUGCUGGAUAUUAUUGAGGAGCACUACGUUACCGAGAAUGUGGUAUUUAGGAACACGAGAUUUCUAGAAGACGAUAAGUCCGUAAAGUCAUAUAAUGAGAAGCUGAUUCACACAAUGAAGGACCGCGUAUCCAUAAUUGCUAUCGAUGAAGAAAAUGAUGAAAUUGCCGGCGCUUUAAUAUUAAAAGCAGUAAAAAAAUGUGACUAUGGAAGAGUUUUCAGUAGAGUAAUGCUGUCCGAUGGAGUGAUAUACCAGAGUGUUAAGGGUGGAGUAGUGCUUUCCCAAUGAUUGCAGUUUAUUUUAGACAGUAAAUCAAAGAUCCAAUUAUAGGAGUUCAUGAACUAUGUCAACCGAAAAGUGGAUAUCUAUGAACAUUUCCAAUGUGAAAUUUUCCUAAGAUUUUAUUUACUCUGCAUUACCCCACCAUACAGAGGAAGAGGCCUAGGAUUUCAAAUGAUGCUGACAGGUAUAGAUAUAGCCAGACAUUUGAAUAUUCCAGUUGUUAUGGGUCUAAUGACCAACUGGAAGUUGCAGAAACUAGCAAGGAAGUUGGGAAUGGAAACACUUUACGAGAUCGAGUAUAAAACUUGGGUCGAUGAAGCAGGACAAUUAGUAUUCUGUAACAUGGGUGCCGGAAACUACACAUGUGCUUUGAUGGCAGGUAAAUUACCCCCUCCACCUCCACCAUCCAUGCCGCCGAAAAAGACGACCAACACGAAGAGGGAAAAAUUGACUAGAGGUGAAAAAAGAAAGGCAGCGCAAAAGCAGAAAGGAUAAUCAACAUACUUUUUCAUUAUGUAUUUCUAAAUGAGUAAUAAAAUUUAUCAUGACAGGUCUUUUGCAAAA